UGCGCGAAGUUGGAGUCUGUCAUCGGCAUCGCAAGCCCGCAAGCUGGCUCGGGAGAGGCUCGGAACGUCGCCGUCUCCCGUCUGUCUGGCUCACCACCUACCUACCUAGGUACCAUCACCAGCUAGGUCACGCCGCAAGCAAGCAAGCCAGCAAGCAAGAAGCAGCAUGGCGAGCAAGCGGACCAACGUGCUCGUCUACUCAGGCAACGGCAGCACCGUCGAGAGCGUCCGGCACUGCCUGUGGACGCUGCGGCGGCUGCUCUCGCCCAACUACGCCGUGCUGCCCGUCGACGGGGCGGCGGUGAUCAAAGAGCCGUGGACGGCGUCGUGCGCGCUGCUCGUGGUGCCCGGCGGCGCGGACCUAGGCUACUGCCGCACGCUGAACGGCGAGGGCAACCGGCGCAUAGCGGCCUUUGUCAACCGCGGCGGCGCGUACCUCGGCUUCUGCGCCGGCGGCUACUACGCCUCUGCGCGCUGUGAGUUUGAAAAGGGCGACCCCAAGAUGGAGGUUGUGGGGGACCGCGAGCUGGCGUUUUUCCCGGGCGUCUGCAGAGGCCUCGCGUUUCCUGGCUUUGUCUAUCAUAGCGAGCAAGGCGCUCUGGCGGCUGAGCUGCGCGUCAAUAAAGACGCCCUCGCUGCUGGCGGUGCAGUGCCCGAGUCGUUCCGCUCGUACUACAACGGCGGGGGCGUCUUUGUCGACGCGGAGAAGCUCGCGCACCGCGGCGUCGAGGUCCUGGCUAGCUACACGGGCAAGCUGCACGUUGACGCGGGCGCGGGCGCGGCCGCCGUCGUGUACCGCAAGGUGGGCGAGGGCAGCGUGAUCCUGACCGGGCCGCAUCCAGAAUUCGCCGCCGUCAACCUCACCAAAGGCGACAAUGUGCCGCAUUACGACGAGCACGUCGUCAAGCCGCUGGCCGCCGACGACAAGCAGCGCACCGACUUCCUCAAGGCCUGCCUGCUGAAGCUGGGCCUGCUCGUCAACCAGGAAGCGCAGGCCGUGCCGUCGCUGUCGCGGCUGCACCUCUCGUCGGCGCGCCCCGAGGACGUGGCCGAGCUCGUCUCCUCCUGGCACGACAUCAUCACCGUCGAGGGAGGCGAAGAGCUCAUCCGCGCCGAAAACGACACGUUCCACCUGGAGAAGCCCGCGCAGUGGAGCGCGUCGUCUGCCGUCACCAACGAAGACAGCACCACCAGCACCAGCAACGACGACAACGCGGACCCCACCGCCGGCGACCGCAUCCUCGACCACGACGCGCUCGUCAAGCGCCUCGUCGCGCACGAGACCGCCCUCCCCUCCAGCAAAGAAACGCCCUACUGGAACCACCACGCCUUCUUCAGCGCGCUCUCGCUCUACUCCACAAGCGCGCGCCUCACCAACCCCGUCUUCGGGCAGCACCUGCUGUACGGGGAAGUCGUGACAAGCACGAACACGCUGCUGGAGAAGAACCCAAAGCUGCUAAAACGCCUGCCCGCGGGCUUCACGGCCACCGCAACAACCCAGCUCGCGGGCCGCGGCCGCGGGUCCAACGUCUGGGUCUCGCCGCCCGGCUCGCUUAUGUAUAGCGUCGUGAUUGAGCACCCGGCCACGCUGGCGCAUGCCCCCGUCAUCUUCGUGCAGUAUCUUGCUGCGCUGGCGACGGUAAUCGCGGUGAAGUCGUAUGGGAAGGGCUAUGAAGCCCUGCCGCUGCGCCUGAAGUGGCCGAAUGAUAUCUACGCGCUGGCGCCUGCGACCACCACCAGCACCACCGUGACCAGCGGCAGCAAAGCCCCCGAGGCGAAAGACUUCACGAAGAUCGGCGGCGUCCUCAUCAACAGCAGCUACGCGGGCGGCAGCUACACGCUCGUCGCCGGCGUCGGCAUCAACGUCGCAAACGCCGCGCCGACGACGUCGCUGGACGACCUCGCGCGCGCGGCGGGCCUGCCCGCUUUCCGCGCUGAGAAGUUGCUUGCUAAUGUCCUUGUUGUGCUGGAGGGCUUGUAUGCAAGGUUUUGUCGUGAGGGGUGGGGCGGAACGCCUUCUUCCUCCUCUACCAUACCCUCUACCACUAUCCCAUCUAAAGGCUCCCUCCACGAAAUGUAUCUGGACCUCUGGCUGCACACAGACCAGAUCAUAACGCUGGAAGCCGAAGGCGGCGUCCGCGCUAGAGUCAAGGGCAUCACGGCCGAUUGGGGCUUGUUGCUUGUGGAGGAGCUGGGGUGGGAGGAUCGUGCCACCGGGAAGACGUGGGCGCUGCAGAGUGAUAGCAAUAGCUUUGAUUUUUUUAGGGGGUUGGUGAGGCGGAAGGUUUAGGUUGGUCCUCACUACCUACACAUACAUACCUACAAACCACUUCCUCUGCACGCGUACAUGGUCUAUGCUUUCCACCCCUGUGGCGCUGCGGCGGUAUGGCUAUUGAGUAAA